AUGCCCCUCUGCAAGACGUUUUCGCAGUCGGAGCGGGAGAAGCUCCGAAAGGAUCGCGAUGUACUGCCGCCGUUGAGCGACGGUCCGUUUGGGCCGUUCCCGAAAAUUUGGAACCCGCGGGGGCGCGAUACGUCAAAGGCGACUGUGAGUACUAGCGUCAGCGUUUUGAUGGCCAAGAACAAAGCCGCCGCCGGACAGGCAACCGCUGCGGCUGCGCCGAAAACAGCGCAAGCUGACAUUCUCAUCGGCCACACAGGCACGGGCGGCGUGACGGUGAGCACCUUCAAAGGCACCGGCGGCGCGAACACGUCUCUAAGCAACGGGCGCUUCGGCGACCCUGCUGGCCCUGGCAAAACUGGCGCCUACUCGAAGCAGCGCAUGCCACCAACGGACUUUCGUCACCACUACGAACGCAGCGACUUGCCACUGUCCAUUCAGCACGGCGCGAAGCGCUCGCUUCUCUGGAAGGUGGACGUGUCGAAGCUGGACUACCACCACUACCUGCCCAUCUUCUUCGAUGGCCUGCGCGAGCUGGAGGAGCCCUUCAGCUUUGUGGCGUACCAGGGCAGCAUGGACCUUCUUGAGGGCGGUGGCGCCAAGAUCCUGCCGACGGUGCCGCAGCUCAUCGUGCCGCUCAAGACGGCACUGAACAGUCGGCACCCCGACGUACUGCGCAAGGUCUUUCACGUGAUCCAGAAGCUAGUAGUGAGUGGCGAUCACAUUGGAGAAGCGCUUGUGCCAUACUACAGGCAACUGUUGCCGGCGUUCAACAUGUUUAAGAACCGCACCAAGAACAUGGGCGAUCGCAUGGACUACGGACAGCGCAACAGUCACGACCUCAGCAGUCUCAUCAACGACACCCUGUACAUGCUGGAGCGCUACGGCGGCCCCGACGCGUACAUCAACAUCAAGUACAUGGUUCCCACGUAUGAGUCCUGCAUGUGA